GUGACCAUGGAGCCGCUGAGCGCAGCCAACGCCCUCUUCGCGCUGGACCUGUUCCGCGCCCUGAGCCAGGACGACCCCGCCGCCAACGUCUUCUUCUCCCCCUUGAGCAUCUCCUCGGCGCUGGCCAUGGUCUUCCUGGGCACGCGGGGCAGCACCGAGGCGCAGCUGGCCAAGACCCUCCAUUUCGACACGGUGGAGGAGAUUCACUCAAGAUUCCAGAGCCUGAACGCCGAUAUCAACAAACGUGGCGCUUCCCACAUUCUGAAACUCGCCAACAGGCUGUAUGGAGAGAAAACCUACAGCUUCCUCCCCGAAUUCUUAACUUUGACUCAAAAAAUGUACGGUGCUGAACUGGCUGCUGUGGAUUGGGUCAAAGGGCAGACAGAAGGGAAAAUUCCAGAACUGCUGGCCGCAGGGGUGGUUGACAGCAUGACCCAGCUGGUGCUGGUGAAUGCCAUCUACUUCAAAGGGAAGUGGCAGGAGGAAUUCUCAAAGCGGGCCACCAGGGAAGUCCCCUUCAGGCUGAAUAAGAAAGACACCAAAAAAGUGGACAUGAUGUAUCAGAAGAACAAUUUCCCCCUGGGCUACAUCCCGGCCCUGAAGUGCCGCGUGCUGGAACUUCCCUACCAGGGCCAGGAGCUCAGCAUGGUCAUCCUGCUGCCCGACGACAUUGAAGACGCUUCCACGGGCCUGAAGAAGAUCGAGGAGCAGCUGACUUUGGAGAACCUGACGGAGUGGACCCGGCCCGAGAACAUGCGCGUCGUGGAUGUCAACGUGCACCUGCCCAGGUUCAAGCUGGAGGAGAGCUACACCCUCAACGAGGCCCUGGCCCGCCUGGGGCUGCGCGAUCUCUUCGAUGAUGGGAGCAGUGACGACCUGUCGGACAGCGUCGACCUGUCGGGCAUGUCCGGGGUCCUGGAACUUUGCCUUUCCAAAGUGGUGCACAAGUCCUUCGUGGAAGUCAACGAGGAGGGCACCGAGGCAGCGGCGGCCACGGCCGUUGGCUUAGUGCCCUGUAUGGGGACGGUGUCCAGGAUAUACUUUGUCUGUGACCACCCCUUCCUCUUCCUCAUCCGUCACAAGGCCUCCAGCACCAUCCUGUUCAUGGGCAGGCUCUCCGCCCCCUGA